GCUCGUGCGGGCGCCAUGGACGCCGACGCGGAGCCCGGCGCCCCGGGCCUGACUGCGGAGGACGGCGCGCGGGCCCCGGCCGAGUUCGCGGCGCUGCACGGCCCGGCGCUGCGCGCGUCCGGGGUCCCCGAGCGCUACUGGGGCCGCCUCCUGCACAAGCUGGAGCACGAGGUUUUCGAUGCUGGGGAGAUGUUCGGGAUAAUGCAAGUGGAGGAAGUGGAGGAGGAGAGUGAGGGUGAGGAGGCCCGGGAGGUGCGGAAGAAGAAGCCCAACCCCGGCGGUGGUGGUGGCGGCGAACUCUGCUACAAGGUCAUUGUGACCAGCGAGAACGGGCUACAGGCGGCUGACCCCAACAGCAUCUUCCUCAUCGACCACGCCUGGACGUGCCGCGUGGAGCAUGCCCGCCAGCAGCUACACCAGGUGCCCGGGCUGCUGCACCGCAUGGCCAACCUGAUGGGCGUAGAAUUCCACGGCGAGCUGCCCAGCGCUGAGGCUGUGGACCUGGUCCUGGAGGAGAUGUGGCGGUUUAACCAGACCUACCAGCUGGCCCACGGGACGGCCGAGGAGAAGGUGCCAGUGUGGUACAUCAUGGACGAGUUCGGCUCGCGCAUCCAGCACUCAGACACGCCCAGCUUUGCCACGGCGCCCUUCUUCUACAUGCCCCAGCAAGUGGCCUACACGCUGCUGUGGCCGCUGCGGGACCUGGACACGGGCGAGGAGGUGACCCGGGACUUUGCCUACGGAGAGGCAGACCCUCUGAUCCGGAAGUGCAUGCUGCUGCCCUGGGUCCCUGCCGACAUGCUGGACUUCAGCUCCUCCACGCCCGAGCCACCCGAUGAGCACUACCAGGCCAUUUUGGAGGAAAACAAGGAGAAGCUACCACUUGCCAUCAGUCCAGUGGCGUAUCCCCGUGACCACGUCUUCAAGGUCUACACAGACAUCCAGCAGGUGCUCAGCCACCUCAGCCACCCACGCUUCACCUUCACCCAGAGUGAGGCCGACGCCGACAUUCUCUACAACUUCUCCCACUUCAAGGAUUACAGGAGGCUCAGCCAGGAGAGGCCCAACGUGCUGCUGAACCAGUUCCCCUGCGAGAACCUGCUGACGGUGAAGGACUGCCUGGCCUCCAUCGCGCGCCGGGCAGGGGGCCCCGAGGGCCCGGCCUGGCUGCCCCGCACCUUCAACCUACGCACCGAGUUACCCCAGUUUGUUAGCUACUUCCAACAGCGGGAGAGGCGGGGCCAGGAUAACCACUGGAUCUGCAAGCCCUGGAACCUGGCCCGCAGCCUGGACACCCACAUCACCAGGAGCCUCCACAGCAUCAUCCGGCACCGCGAAAGCACCCCCAAGGUCGUGUCCAAAUACAUUGAAAGUCCCGUCUUGUUCCUUCGAGAAGACGUGGGGCCGGUCAAGUUCGAUGUCCGCUAUGUCGUGCUUCUGCGGUCGGUGAAGCCCCUGACUCUGUUCGUGUAUGACGUGUUCUGGCUGCGGUUCUCCAACCGGCCCUUCGCACUUGAUGACCUGGACGACUAUGAGAAACAUUUCACUGUCAUGAACUAUGACCCAGAAGUGGUGCUGAAGCAGGUACACUAUGAUGAGUUCAUCCCUGAGUUUGAGAAGCAGUACCCAGAAUUCCCCUGGAAGAGCGUCCAGGGUGAGAUCUUCCAGGCCUUCACGGAGCUGUUCCAAGUGGCCUGUGCCAAGCCACCUCCCCUGGGCCUCUGCGACUAUCCCUCAUCCCGCGCUGUGUACGCUGUCGACCUCAUGCUCAAGUGGGACAACCGGCCAGAUGGGAAGCGAGUGAUGCAGCCCCAGAUCCUGGAAGUAAACUUCAACCCGGACUGUGAACGGGCCUGCAGGUACCACCCAAGCUUCUUCAAUGACGUCUUCAGCACCCUGUACCUGGAUGAGCCCGGCCCCUGCCACGUCACCCGCCUAGUCUAGGUGCUUGUGGCUCUGCUGGGGCCGCCCGGCCGUUCCAGCCUCAGCUCCCGGAGCUGCUUCUGCAGAGCCCCCUCCUCUCCUCCCUCAGGCGCAGCCUCACCCCGGAGCUGUCAUCCCGGCUCCACCUCUGGGAGCUCAGGGUCCUCAGGGUCCUCCCCUCCCAAGGUCAGCAGCAGGGCCAGUCACCGUGUCCCCGGGGCUGAGCGCCAGGCCCUGCCCCUCACCAUCUUCUGUGCUCAGUGAAGGGCUUUUCCAGAGAGUCUGAUUCCUAGGCUGCUGCACGUUCUGGGGUGUUGGUGGGAGAUGGGCUCUGGGGAGCACAACAAGUUUCCCCAGCAACACCCCAUACAUGAACAGGGACCAGACAGGCUGCUUCUCCAGAGUGCUGCUCGUGACUCCCAUGGGGCAGGGGGUUGGGGUCCCACCCUGCACCCCCAGAACAUCUGGGAGCCCCCUCUCCCAGACCCAGCCACCUUGUUCCCAAUCUCGACCAAAACCUUUACCAGCAAGCUUCCCGUGGAGUUUCCAGGUCAGGAAGCCUGUGGCCUUUGGCUGCUGUCGCCUUAGCAUUCGGCAAAGCAGGCCACCCUCCUGCCUCGGUGGCCCCAGCAGCCCCGGCCACUCACCGGGCACGGAAGUAUCCCCACACACACCUGAUGUCCCCUGGGGCCUUGGUGAUGCGUGUGGGGGGCCAAGCGCCAGGCAGCGCACAGCUGAGGAAGAGACGAUUCCAGGGAAAACUUGACGUUACAGGCAGAGGCCACCUUCCACGAGAGUCUAGAGUCAAAUGUUGGGUUCUUGUUAAUUUUUCAUUUAUGGAAGGAAAAUAUAAAAAUUAUUUCUGUAACUUUGUUUCUGAAA